UGACGUAUGAGGCCUCCAGUUCCAGCCGCCAUCUUCUUGUCGUCGUUAAUAAACGGGUGUAGAACGACGACUGAAAUAAAGCACUAAAAGCGGCUUUAUUCUAUCAAACCAGAGCAGAACCGUUAGCUCCAUGAGUUCAUGGACUGCCUGCUGGUCAAUGGUUAUGGUACCGUUAAGGCUGCUGUAGGUUUCCCGGGCUCGCUCAGCUCAAAGAUGGACGACAAAGCGGCGAGGGAAGACGCCUGCCGGGAGUACCAGUCCUCUCUGGAAGACCUGACAUUCAACAGCAAGCCGCACAUCAACAUGCUGACCAUCCUGGCCGAGGAAAACCUCAACUUCGCCAAGGAUAUCGUCGCUAUUAUUGAAGCGCAAAUAAGCAAGGCCCCAUCCAUCGAGAAGCUUCCAGUUUUGUACUUAGUGGAUUCCAUAGUGAAGAAUGUUGGAGGAGAGUACCUUGCAGUGUUUGCUAAAAACCUAAUCACUUCAUUUAUAUGUGUCUUUGAAAAGGUGGAUGAAAACACCAGGAAGAGUUUGUUCAAGCUGCGCUCCACGUGGGACGACGUGUUUCCUCUGAAGAAGCUGUACGCGCUGGACGUGCGGGUCAACUCUGUGGACCCGGCCUGGCCCAUCAAGCCGCUGCCGCCCACUGUGAACGCCAGCAUCCACGUCAACCCAAAGUUUUUAAAACAGUCUGAGGAGGCGCCCUCUCCGCAGCCUGCUCCCUCUAAACCUGCGCCGCCGCCGCCUCCUCCGGCCCCCGCUGCCCAGCCGCCCCCCGCCGUCAGCCAGUCCAGCCUCACACAGGAGUCUCUGAUCCGACAGCAGCUGCUGGCCAAACAGAAGCAGCUGCUGGAGCUGCAGCAGAAGAAGAUCGAGCUGGAGCUGGAGCAGACCAAAGCUCAGCUGGCGGGGGGGUUUGUGAUGCCGACCGCGGCAGCAACUCCGGGCUCAGCGGCGGUGAAGCCCGGCAGCCAAACUGCUUCCGUGGUCCGACCAUGGGUCCCGCCUCCGAUGGACGCCAAGCCGGCCACCAGAGACCCCCGCCUGAACCGCAGUGGAUCCUCGGGGGGCCCCCAGCCCAAAGAACAAACUGCAGGAAAGAAGGACGGCUCCGCCACGACAGGAAGUCCUGCUCUGACACCAGAGAAACCGCCCCGGCCAGACAAAGCCAGGACCCCGAGGAAAGACGCGUCAGAGGAGAAGCCCAAAACCAAGCCUCCGUCUCCGGUGGUCAAAAGUGUCCCGGGAAAAAUCAAACAGGCGGAGGCCGAGAUCCAGAAGUCAGCUGACGGCCUGAAGAAAGACCCGCGGCUGAAGAAGCGCCCGCAGGACAAGAGUCGAGAGGCCGAGGAGCUGAAGGAGAAGAAGCGCUGCGUGGACAAGAAGGAACGCGUGGAGAUGGCCCGGCCGGCCGACGCUCAGAGGGCCGUGAAGGGGAAGCUGGUGAACGGCACCACGGCCAAACACGAGCGCGACGAGUCCACGGAGAAGCCCGAGUUCAAGACAGGAGGCAACGCUCGAACACACGCCAGAAAACGAACGCGCUCGCGGUCCCGCUCCCCCACCUCCUCCCCGAAGAGGAAGGACCGGCGGUCGCCCAAGAGCAGAACCCGGAGCAGCUCCCUGUCCCCGUCGCCCUCCCAGAAACCCGGCAAACCCAGGAGGGUCCGCGCCGACGAGCCAGACCACGGCAAGCCCGACCACGGCAAGCCCGUCCGCGAGGACCGGCUCGCGCCCAAGAAGAACCAAUCGGAGGGCAGGAGGUCGAAGAGGCCGGCGGAGGAUCGACACGCCGAGUCCAGAGACUCUCACUCCCCCCGGAGCCACGACGGCAGCAAGGAGGCCAAGGAGGCGCCGCAGCGCUGGAGGAGCGGCUGGGAGGAGAACAAGCAUCCGAAGCUGCCGGAGGACUCUCACGUGAAGCCCGGUCCUCCGAGACACAAACCGUACGGCACCCCGACUCGCCCCUCCGCUCCCCGCACCCCGAAGCAUCGCCUCAGCGUGGACGCCAACAUGCAGAUCCCCGAAGUCCUCAACACGGCCUCCAAGAAGGACCUUCUCCGGAGGGCCAGUAAGCGUCUGGAGAGCGGCGAGAUUUCUCAGGAGGACUUCCUGAACAUGGCGCACCAGAUCAAACACUUCUUCCAGUAUCAGGAGGAGAAGCAGCACUCGGACGUCUGGAGCGACUCCGCAGACUUCCCCGCCAAGAAACCGCAACAGCCCGCCUGUGCUCAGCCUCGGCCCAGCGGCGCCGGCAUGGACGCGGCGGAGCUGUCUUACUACGAGCACAAGUCCAAGCUGAGGAAGACUCAGGUCACGCACCGGGCCGCCGGCGAGGAGUGGGAGGGCGAGGACAGUCCGGAGGAGGACGAGGAAGUUGUGCCGGGCGAGAACACGGUAGCGAACACGGGCGCUGAACACCCACCGCCACAUAAAUACAGCCGGGCGCCACGGGAGAGGCAAGGCGAGCGGCGGAGUAAAGAGAGCGAGGAGCCGCGGCCGCCGCUCGGCCCCAUGAUCGAGGAGUACAACCACGGCAAAGAGUUCCCGACCCUGAAGUCUCUGCCGGGUCUCCGCUUCAGGAGGAGAGCCGACCCCCGAGAGCCCAGUGAGCGAGAGUGGAACUCGCCGCUGACGGAGCGGCAGCGUCUGAGCGAGGAGCAGAAGAGCGGCUACGACGCUCCCCGGAGGUACGACUCCCGACACCCCGACCUGCGGAGGCCGGAGGUACCGGCGGCCUCCGGCACAGUGGUGCACAGGAACUCCCCGAGCCCGGUUGCCGUGGAGGCGCCGGCGCCCAGGUUUGAACGUGAGCGCCUGCCGCCUCUGACCCAGAAAGACUCGGCGGAGAUGAGUCCGAUCCCUCGCUUCGAGAGCCCCAACAGCGAGCACUCUGACGACGAGCCCCUCGGCCUGGAUGGCCCCCUCCCUCACCCCCUCCCUCCUCCCAAAUCCAUCCUCAAGGCGCCGGCCCGCGUAGGACCGAUGGCUUCUGUGCACCAGCACGGCGACUCCCCGGGACACACGCCGCCUCAUGACGGAGGGCACCCCCCGCAGCGGUAUGAUGGGCCCGUACCCAUGGGCCCCAACAGACCACACCCUCCGGGGUGGUACGAAGGCGGGGGCCCCGGGCGCUACGAUGACUCGUCUCGCUUCGACGGGCCGCACCACCAGGGCCCCGGCAGGUUCGACGGUGGCGUGCCGCCUCAUCACAACAUGCCAGAGAGGUUCGAUGGGCCCCACAUGUCUCAUGGUCCAAUGAGAGGCGGAGACGCUAUAAGGCGGUUCGACGGGCCCCCCCACCCUCAGGGCCCGGGGAGGUUCGACGGUCAGCAGCCCCCCGUGAGGUUUGAUGGACAGGGACACUUUGACGGCUCAAUGCAGCGCUUUGAUGCACCGCGGCGCUUUGACGGCAACAUGGCUCCUGGCUCUGGACCAAUGGGCUUCCAGCAGCAGCGGCCGAUGCGCUUCGACGGCCCGAUGAGGUUCGACGGUCCGAUGCGCUUCGAGUCGCCCGUCCAGCCGGGACCCCGGUUUGACAUCGUGCCCCAUCAGAGCGGGCCGCCGCUCUACGAGUGCCCCCCCGGCCAGCAGGGCCCCAUGAGGUUUACUCCCCAGCACAACAUGCAGCCCCCCAUGAGGCAGAUGGCCCCGUCAAUCUACGAGAGUUCCAUCGCCCCCCAGCAGAGCUUCAACAUGGCCCCCCAGCGCUUCCCGGAGCCCAUGAACCCUCAGUUCCCCGCGGGGCCGAUGGCGUUCCCGGCUCAGCCGAACCUGCAGCCAGCCGGAAACUUCAACAUGCAGCCGACGCCGUCCUUCGGCCAGCCGGCCCCCACCCCCUUCUACAACCCCGCGGCCCCCGCUGUGGGCAUGCAGCAGCCGGUGAACAUGUUGGGGAACCUCAGCCAGCCCUUCCUGCCUCAGAACUCGGUGCCUUUCGUGCAGCAGACGCCGCAGGGCGCCCCUCCAGAGAACCACUUCGGCCAGGUUGACGUCAACGACCUGCUGUCCAAGCUCGUCUCCAACGGCAUCAUCAAACCCUUGCAGCCUGACGCUGCGCCGACCGCCAGCGCUGAACCUGCUUCCACGCUGCCAGCAGCUCCGCCUGCGGUGGAGGAGGAGGAAGAGGAGGUGGAGGAUGACGAAGAUGAAGACCUCCCAGACCUCACCGGCUUCAAAGUGGACGACAUGAAACAGCGCUAUGAGAGCGUGGUCACUAAGCUGUACUCGGGGAACCAGUGCUGCCUGUGCAGCAUGAGGUUCACCGCCGCUCAGACCGACAUGUACGCCGACCACCUGGACUGGCACUUCAGACAGAACCACGCCGGCAAGGUGGCCAGCAAGAAGAUCACGCACCGCCGCUGGUACUACGGCCAGAGGGACUGGGUGGAGUUCGAGGAGAUGGCAGACCUCGAAGAGCGAGCGAAGAGCACGUUCUUCGAGAAGGUGAACGAGGAGGAGGUGCAGAAGAGCCAGGCGGCCGCCAAGGAGAAGGAGUUCCAGAGUGUGAAGGCCACUAAGGACCAAGUGGGGGAGCUGUGUGAGAUCUGUCAGGAGCCGUUUGAGACGUACUGGGUGGAGGAGGAGGAGGACUGGUUCCUGAAAGACGCAGUGAGGGUUGACGACAAGAACUUCCAUCCCGCCUGUUUCGAAGACUAUAAAAAUACGUCUUCGUACCUCGACGUCACGCCGUCGCCCAACAAGCUGCUCACUGAACACCCGCUAGGCGCCUUCAUAAAGAGAGAAGAGGAGGAGGAGGAGGGGGCCGGCACUUCCUGUGCUGUUGCCGCUGCCGAAGCUGCCGCCGCCGAAGCUGCCGCCGCCGAAGCUGCCGCCGCCGAAGCUGCCGCCGCCUCAGUGAAGCAGGAAGUGGAGGCGAGCGAGCUUCCUGCUGUGAAGGAGGAGCAGCAGGAGGUUUUAACGGAGCAGAACGCAGAGUGACGCUCCAGCUGCACUUUCUUUUUCAACAGAAAGUGUUUUUACAUAAACUUCAAUACAUUUUUGUAUUUGGAUUCUGCGCGACCGGUUCAGGUCAAGUUUUUUCUGUGAAUUGAAACUGUUUAUUAAAAAAAAGAUGUUUUGUUUGCUUUUGGCUAAAAGAUGUAAAUGAUUUAAUUUAUAAAUUAAAGUAUUUUUUGGUAUCUCUGGUGUAACAGUGAUUGAGUGUAAAGUGAUUCAUGUCGGGUACUUCCUGCCGCGUCAAGGUAAGCAUCAUCGGAUUGGACGACUGCGAUCGUGUUUCUGCGCGGGACGAACUUUCUUUUCUUCUUCUUUGGUCUUCAAUAAAAGAGUCUGAACGUGUGACGCUGAUGACGCUCAGGUUUCUGAACAAUAAAGUUGAGUCGAUUCAAA